GUGGAGCCCAUUCUGGUCCUAUGCUUUGCUGGCUUGAAGCUCUCCAUUGUUGGUUUUUAAUGGGGUCUGUCUGCUAAGAAGACCCCUCCAACCCUUAAAAAAACAAAACAAAAUUCAAUUCAAUUCACCUCUUUUCUGAAAUGCUGAUACCUCAUUUUCAUUCUCUUCAUCAGUCUCAUCAUCUUCUUGCAACUACUCAUACCAAACAAAGUUGAGAUAAAUACACAGAAACAAACCAAAGAAAAAACAGAUAAAGAAAUUAAAACAUCAAUCUUUUUUUAAAAUAUUAUAGAUAAAUAGACAAUUUUUCUGCAAGCUUUUAAAAAACCCAUCUUCAAUAUUAUUUCUUUUUUGUUGUUGAUUUGAUGGAUCUUUAGAUCUGAAAGUCUUUUACAACCACAACCAGUGUUUCUUUCUUUUUCUUUUUCUUUUUCUUUGGAUCUUUGUUUAGAUUGUAGCUACCCCAACAAAGGGUAGGACUCCCAUAAUUAUAAGGGAGAAAUAUAAUUGGGUUAUAAUUAUAAAAGCUCAAAUCUUGUAAGUUUCUGGUCAAGACAGACAAGAAUUGGGUGUUUGAUUACAUAUGAUUGAUCUAUAGACAAUAUCAAUCAACAUAAUUGUCCAUAUUGUAAAACUUUUGAGUUUGGUGAGUUUCAUUCGGUGGUUACAUAUUGUAAAGAGGAAAGUUUUGGUAAGAAAAUCGAGGUGAAUCAUAAUUUGUUGGGUAAAAAGUUGUUUAAAAAGUAACCCAUAUGAAAUGUGGGGAAUUAGGAGGGGGUUUUGGUUGAGAUGAGGUAUGCUAUCUGGGUUCAUGAAUUUUCUGAGGUCCUGUUUGUGGCCAGUUUCGGAUCCUUCAAUCCACGCGGGUUCGGGUUCGGAUUCGAGUGGGCGUCAAGAAGGCCUUCUAUGGUAUAAGGAUAUAGGACAGCAUGUUAAUGGUGAAUUCUCUAUGGCUGUUGUUCAAGCCAAUAGUUUGCUUGAGGAUCAAAGUCAACUUGAAUCAGGCAGCUUGAGUUCACUUGAUAAUGGACCUUUUGGUACUUUUGUUGGUGUCUAUGAUGGGCAUGGUGGCCCGGAGACGUCACGAUAUAUCAAUGAUCAUCUCUUUCCCCAUCUACGCAGAUUUGCAACAGAACACCAGUGUAUGUCUGCCGAUGUAAUUCGUAAAGCGGUUCAAGCAACAGAAGAAGGAUUUUUGUCUGUUGUAAGUAGGCAAUGGCCAAUGAAGCCCCAGAUUGCAGCUGUUGGCUCAUGCUGUUUGGUAGGAGUAAUAUGUAGUGGCACACUUUAUAUAGCUAAUCUUGGUGAUUCUCGAGCUGUUUUAGGGAGACUUGUCAAAGCAACGGGAGAGGUUCUUGCCGUCCAGCUCUCAACCGAGCAUAAUGCAUGUUUGGAGGAUGUGAGGCAGGAGUUGCGGGCGAUGCAUCCCGAUGAUUCUCAUAUUGUUGUGUUAAAGCAUAACGUGUGGCGCGUCAAGGGACUUAUACAGGUUUCUAAAUCCAUUGGGGACGUGUAUUUAAAGAAACCCGAGUUCAAUAGAGAACCUCUAUUUUCGAAGUUUCGUCUACGCGAACCUUUCAAAAGACCUAUAUUAAGUGCAGACCCUUCAAUUUUAACUCAUGAGUUGCAGCCACACGAUCAGUUUGUAAUAUUUGCUUCAGAUGGACUAUGGGAGCACCUCACCAAUCAAGAAGCUGUUGAUAUUGUGCAAAAUAAUCCUCGCAAUCAGGGAAUUGCUAGAAGACUGGUAAAAACCGCGCUUCAAGAAGCAGCAAAGAAGCGAGAAAUGAGAUAUUCGGAUCUGAAGAAAAUAGAUCGUGGAGUUCGUCGUCAUUUCCAUGACGACAUCACGGUGGUAGUGGUGUUCCUCGACUCAAACCUCGUGAGUCGGGCUUCAAGUGGAUCUAAGGGCCCACACGUGUCAAUUAGAGGAGGUGGGGUCGCCCUACCUUCGAAUACUCUAGCACCCUCAUGAGAUGUUUCACUUCCACUUAUAUGCCUUUCAGAAAACCGGGCUCGUUUUUGAUGGAGGAGGAAGCAGGAACGGAGGUCCUAUAACGUGUUCUCAUGAUGUAUGCCGUAGCUACUUUAACUUGGAACUCUAACAGCGAAUUUUAAGUUCUGUCGUGGAAACAAGAUCAGUGUGAACAGGACAAUCGGGAAAACCUCAGGUGAUGAUGGUUAUGCUAGUUAAAUUCCUCAUAUUGACUCGUAUCUUUUGAUACGACAAUUUUUCCACUUUUCCCUAUCUAUUUGUUAAAUUCUAUUGUUUUACUUACUAUUUUCAAAAGACUGCUUUUAGGCCCAUUGUAAAAAAAAAAGAAGGGAAAGAAAAACGAGCCAUUUUGGCUGUACACUUCCGUCUGAAUUCCUUCGGAAAACUUUCGGCUAAGAUGCUAACUCUAGCUUUAAGCUU